AUGGGAUCCGGUGCCUCAAAAGGUCGCACAAAAGAGAAUCAACGAUGGGCUGACAAUACCUCUACGAAAACAUCUACAGGAGAUAAAUCCGAUGAUGAAAAGAAAUCGAUAUUCAGCAAAAAUAAGAAAUCCCCAAAAAUCAGUCCAAUUACCUCACCGAACGAUGAUGAGCUGAGUUCAAAAAGCGAUGCUGAGGACCGAAAAAGCCGACGCAGUAACGAUUCCGACAAGAAAUCAGUCAAUAUCGAGAGGAUUGAACUUACCGAAGGCGUUGUCCAGGAUUACAUCAAUCUAGAAAAAGCAAUAAACAAAUUGGAAAGGAAAAACGUGUUGAAGAAGUACGAAUCACAAACAAUUUACGCCGAUAAUUUGAAGAACACCGUUGAACAGUUGGAGGCUGUGUUAAAGGAGUUGAAAAAACAGACAGAACGCGAAAAAUCAGAUCUAAAGAAUAUUGAACAACCAUCAGUAAAGGACUUUCUAAAACAGCAGGGGGAAUGGGAUUCUCGUUUUGAAAAAGAAAAAACCGAGUACGAAGAUGCUCUCAAUAAGCAAGAUGCUGUUGAGAAGGAACUCGAGCUGUCGAGGGUUAAGUACGAAACAGCACAGAAAAUUAUGGAAAUUUACAAACAACAAACCGACAAUUUGUUGGCUCUCUAUGACAAACAGGACAAAAUGCUUAUCGGCAUAUUUGGAACGGACUAUGCAUCUGAGAAAGAGAACAUUCUCGAAGGAGAGGUAAGGAAGUUUUUCUUCCAAUUUGCAUAA